AUUCUUCCAAAUAUUUGUUAAAUCUAAUUUAGUUUACACUUAAUAAUAUUGGCUUUAAAUACAUAUUAUAUUAAACUAGUUAUACUUUGUCAAGGACAAUAGUUCGUUUCUGAACAUAACCUGGAAUUUAAUAAUUCCGUAAAAGAUAAAUUAUGCCUUCAGAUGCAAAAAAACGUGAAGCACAACGGAAAAAGGAUGCUCGUAACAAAAAAAUUCAAAGUAAUAAACAAAAUGGAACAAUCAAUAAAGAAAAAAAUGGUACUGCCGAGCCUGUAGAAUUAACAGAGGAGGAAAAACUUUGUGCAAAACUAGAAGAGGAAGCUCGCAUCAGUGCCGAAGCUCGAGCAUGUACUGGAUCUUGGGCGCUUCAUGAGAAAUCGAGAGAUAUAAAAAUUGCAAAUUUUUCAAUAACAUUUUUCGGUAGUGAACUUUUGCAAGACACAAUGUUAGAGUUGAAUUGCGGCCGACGUUAUGGUUUAAUUGGUUUAAAUGGCUGUGGAAAAUCUUCUUUGCUUUCAGUAUUAGGUAAUCGCGAAGUUCCAAUACCCAAUCACAUCGACAUAUUUCAUUUGACUAGAGAAAUUCCUGCUAGUUCAAAAACGGCCUUGCAAUGUGUUAUGGAGGUGGAUGAAGAACGAAUCAAAUUAGAAAAGUUGGCUGAAGAAUUGAUCACUAAUGAUGAUGAUGAGUCUCAAGAGCAAUUAAUGGAUGUAUAUGAACGUUUGGAUGACAUUGCGGCCGAUUGUGCUGAGGCAAAAGCCGCUAGAAUUCUUCACGGUUUGGGAUUUGAUAAAGAAAUGCAACAAAAACAAGCAAAAGAUUUUUCUGGAGGAUGGAGAAUGAGGAUUGCUCUUGCCAGAGCUUUAUUCGUCAAACCUCACUUGCUGUUAUUGGAUGAACCAACAAAUCAUUUAGAUUUAGAUGCAUGUGUAUGGUUGGAAGAAGAGUUAAAAACAUACAAACGCAUUUUGGUUUUAAUAUCACAUUCUCAAGAUUUUUUGAACGGUGUUUGUACUAAUAUAAUUCAUAUGAACAAAAAACGAUUAAAAUACUUUGGCGGCAAUUAUGAUGCAUUUGUGAAAACUCGCUUAGAACUUCUGGAAAAUCAAAUGAAACAAUAUAAUUGGGAGCAAGAUCAAAUUGCCCACAUGAAAAACUAUAUAGCGAGAUUUGGUCAUGGUUCAGCCAAGUUGGCAAGACAAGCUCAAUCAAAAGAAAAAACUUUAGCUAAAAUGGUUGCACAAGGUUUAACUGAAAGGGUCAUAGAAGACAAGGCCUUAAAUUUCUAUUUCCCAUCUUGCGGAACAAUUCCUCCACCAGUUAUUAUGGUCCAGAAUGUUAGUUUCCGAUACAAUGAGAAUACCCCUUUGAUUUACAAGGACUUAGAAUUCGGUAUAGAUUUAGAUACAAGGUUGGCUUUAGUAGGCCCUAAUGGUGCCGGAAAAAGUACAUUAUUAAAACUUCUCUAUGGCGAUCUAGUACCUACUUCAGGAAUGAUUCGCAAAAACUCUCAUUUAAGAAUUGCAAGAUAUCACCAACAUUUACAUGAGCUGCUUGAUCUUGAUGUAAGUCCACUGGAAUACAUGAUGAAAGCAUUUCCAGAGGUAAAGGAGAAGGAAGAAAUGAGAAAAAUCAUAGGAAGAUAUGGUUUAACAGGACGGCAACAAGUUUGUCCAAUAAGACAACUUUCUGACGGUCAGCGUUGUCGUAUAGUUUUUGCUUGGCUAGCCUGGCAAGUACCACAUUUAUUACUAUUCGACGAACCCACAAAUCAUUUAGACAUGGAAACUAUUGACGCUUUGGCUGAUGCUAUUAAUGAUUUUGAAGGUGGAAUGGUACUUGUAAGCCACGAUUUUAGAUUGAUUAAUCAGGUUGCUGAAGAAAUUUGGGUCUGUGAAAAUCAAACUGUUACAAAAUGGAAGGGUAAUAUUCUAGACUACAAGGAACACUUGAAGAAUAGAAUUAUGAAAGAAGAAAAGAAAAAAAAUAAAUGAAUAAGUUUUGCACAUUUUCGUAAAAUAGAGAACGUAAUUAAAAAAUAGAUACAAAAUUUAGCUAAAAUUUUGAUUAUUAUCUUAAUUAUAACUUUUUUUUGAUAUUAUCCAAGUAACCUUUUCAAAUUAUGUAUUUUAUUUUGUAACGCACUGUGGAAACUAAUGUUUUCUGCUAUAAAUAGUAGAACUUUUCAUCUGGUGAUCAAUUUGGAGUUAGUAAAAUUUUAAAUAUAUUUAUGUAUAUCUAUAAAACUAACAUAAUAUAUUAUCAAUAAUUUAACAAAUAACUGGAAAACAAACAAAAAAUGUUCCAACUUUUUUCUGAAAUAAAUAAUUUUAUAAAUUUAAAAUCAUUGUAACCGGAAAAAGCAAAAAUACGUUAUUUUAUUUUCGAACUCAAGAAAAAAUGCUGACUUUAACUUUCGAAAUAAAAACUCAUGUUUAAAUGAA